CUUGUUGUUGCUAAGACACUCUUGUUUCGCUCCUUGACAACCCUGGCGGGGGUGCGCUAGCUGCGGCCCCGGCUCCGGCCCCCGCGGGAGCAGGCCACUCCAGGCCAGCACUUGUGAGCCCCGAGGAGGAAUUGGAUCGAAUUGAAAUACUUAGGUGGAAGAGGCCCCAGCAGCUGCUGAGGACCCAGUGUUCAGCAUUUUCAGCUGAAAAUCUCGGGAGCACCCCUUGAGGAAAGACAUUUUCUGCUACCACCCAGUUGGCAGGGCCUGCUUCCGAAAUCUCCCGGGGGUGUCUUCACUGCCAGUGCCCGCGCCUCCUGAAAGCCCCACUCUCUCCCUCCAGUGGUCACAGUGGAAGGAUCAUGGGAGAAACAGAAGGGAAGAAAGAGGAGGCUGAUUAUAAGCGACUGCAGACCUUCCCUCUGGUCAGGCACUCGGACAUGCCAGAGGAGAUGCGAGUGGAGACCAUGGAGCUAUGUGUCACGGCCUGUGAGAAAUUCUCCAACAACAACGAGAGCGCGGCCAAGAUGAUCAAGGAGACAAUGGAUAAGAAGUUCGGCUCCUCCUGGCACGUGGUCAUCGGCGAGGGUUUUGGGUUUGAGAUCACACAUGAGGUGAAGAACCUCCUCUACCUGUACUUCGGGGGGACCCUGGCUGUGUGUGUCUGGAAGUGCUCCUGACGCCGUCCGCACCCCGGCCCCCGGCCCUGCAGGGCCACCUCCUGCCACCCCUCGGGGAUGGGGAGCAGCCCCAGGCAGGUCCUGGUGUGUCGGAGGAGAGUCUGGGGUCUUUCCUACGAGUCUCUGAGCCACGGCCAGUGUGUGAGCGAGUGGACCUGUCUUCCCCCAGGCCCCCAGCGUGUGAAAGGGAGAGCAGGCUGUGGUCUCGAUGCAGGGGAGGGGUGGGAAAUGUGACAGGGUAGGAGGGCGGGGAGGUGGGAGUCUUCUCCCCAGGACAUGCCAGCCCCAAGCCUGCUGUCCCCUUGCCUCCCCGGAGCCCCCUGCCCGACCACCCCCAGCACUGCUGGCAGGGGUCCACUCUCCUGGUCUUCAAUGGCCGUAGGCAGAUGGCCCCACGAGGAGCCUGUCCUCUCAGGGGACACUGGCAGCGUCUCCCCUUGUCCUCUGGAGAAAUGGUGGCCCCCUCCGGAAGCCCCUUCCCCAGUUGGACCCCAGGCUGAACAAACCACUGCAUCUCAUUGGGCCAAUCGCUCCCUAGUCCCCGGCUUUGGCGUGAGGACCCUGCAGCCUUCCCCCCCCCCCCCCGGUCCUCUGGCCACAUGAACCUUUUGUACCGCCUCCACCCCGCGCACUCGGUACCCCAGGCAGAGGGGGGUGGGCGUCACUGAGCCUCCGGCGAGGCUCCUGGGCCAGGA